AUGUCCGGACACGAGCCGUAUCGCCCCUACGAGUUCGAGGGCACGAACCUGCCCGGCUUCAACUCGGAAGGCCUCCGCACGGGUCUGCAGGGACAGCAGCCACCGCUCGACCCGUUCCUCGAGGCGCAGCAGAACGACAUGAGGGGCACGCGCCCCACACAUGACCCCACCGACACUGCGAGGUGGGAGUCGAGCGGGGACUUCAAGCCGAACCAGAAUCGCAAGGCGUCUGUGGGCGAGAAGAUCAAGGUGAACGUCGAGAAGCUGGUGGAUCAUCUCCCCGGUCGUACCCACUGA